AUGACCUAUUCACGGGCUGGCACUUAUGUGAUGGACCUGUUGGACAACUAUGGCGUGGGAACCGCCGUAUUCUUUUACGGCAUCUGUCAGAUAAUCGGCAUCUUCUGGAUCUAUGGUCUGCAGAGGUUUUGCUUUGACCUCAAAUUCAUGCUCAACCAAAGUGUGGGCUUAUUCUGGAAAGUGACCUGGGCCUUUGCCACACCCGUAGCUCUCAUUGUUAUCUUCAUAUAUGGCAACAUCGAGAUUGGUAAGGCUGGCAGUCAGAAACCAGGCAUUCCCGCCUGGGGUACUGGCAUUGGCUGGGCUUUAGCUGCCAUUGCGAUGAUACAGAUCCCACUGUGGAUAGGGAUCACAAUUUACAGACAAAAGGGUGAUAUGAAACAGCGAGUGAUCAAUGCGUUUAAGCCGAGUCCAGACUGGGGGCCAAUCAAUCCCAAGAUAUUUCAAGAAUGGGUUACUUAUAGAAACGAAAACUUCAGAAGUGUCUCAAUCAUGGGUUACAUAAACAGUGCCUUCACUUCAGAUAAUGAUAAGACUGAUAAUCAGACUACUGUUCCGACG